AUGGGUUUAGAGAAAGAUGGUGAUAAUAAUACAUUCGCACAACCUCCACCAGAGGAGCGUUUCCGAAAUCAGUUAGAGCAAUUGACAAGUAUGGGUUUCACGAAUCGAGAAGCGAACAUUGAAGGUAAAUAA